GUGUGAGUGCUCUGCAUCGUUGUGUGUUGUUGUUGUUGUUGUGUGCAGGUGUGUGUGUAUUGCUCUAUGUGUGUGUGUGUGUGUGUGAAAGAGAGGCGAGAUAGAGAGAGUUCAACUAGAGAAAGACAGAGGUAUAUGGGGUGCUGGUUGAUCGAAGGUGGGUUGAGCCAUGACAGAGGAGUGAGAGGUGGGACGUAGAAGAAAGGUCACAUGGAGAGAGAGAAAGAGAGAGGUGAGUGGACGUUUGACAUUGGGUUGGACAGUGUAGAAGGGUUUAAGUAAUGAGCAUGAUUUUUUGUUUGUUGUGAUGAAUUGUGUAGCAUUAGAUGAAGUUGGAUGAAAUUUAGACCGUUUAGAUAAAAUCUAUACUAUUAUUGUUGUGCUGGAGAAUGCAAAUUGUGUUUUAUCGAAUCACUUACUACAGCUUAGAUUGGUAUUGUUCCUAAAUUGAGGACUGGCCCAGUGCCACUUUCCUCUAGGCUGGAUAGAGGUCAAAGAAAGAAACGGGCUCCUCCCGCGGCCAGGCAUAAAUAGAGAGAUUCCUCGGAUGACUUCCUGCUCGUAAUUUAGUCCAAGUUGAACUAAAAUAUGUAUAAAUUAUAAAUCUGAUCUGGCAAGUGUCACCGACCGGCUAUUAGAAUGACUGACUGAAUGAGGCCUUUCCUUGUUGUUUCGUCUUCCAGAUAACAGCUAUUAGAAGAAAAGUCCCUCCAGCUCUUAAAAGACAGACAGAAGAGAAACUUCCGAGAAUUGAAUCAUUAACAGCUAUUAAAAGAAAAGUCUCACCAACUGUCAGCGAUAGAAGGAGAGAGAGCUGUGAGAACUGAAGAUGAAGGAUCACCAGUUCGAUCAUCAUUUUCCUGCAAGCCCUAUGAAGGGUUCAUUUGAAACCACUCGAGAUAGUCCCUCUUCUCUAUCUGAACCUGUCAGUUCAUUUCGAAGCCCAUCUUCUUCAGAUGGUUCUCCAACCUUCAAAACAAAUAAAGGAGAUCAGAAAAAUUUGGGGAGGAAAGCCGGCAGUUAUGUCUACAGAAUUCGCGAGCAUGGUAAAAAUCGCUUAGCUCUUUCAAGGAUCAAAUCGUUGUGGUGCAUAGUAUCGAUCUUUUUUUUUGUGAAACUGGGGCCCAAGUUCUCUGAAACAGUGAAGGGAAAGCUGAACCUGGGGGCGAAAAUUAUUCAGCAAGGUGGAAGGGAGAAUAUUUUCAGGAAAAUUUUCAUUGUGAUUGAGGGAGAGAAGCUAUUGAAGGCUUCUCAAUGCUAUUUAUCGACAACGGCAGGUCCUGUAGCAGGAAUACUCUUUAUAUCUACUGAAAAGGUUGCCUUCUGCAGUGAAAGAUCUAUCGCCAUUCCUACUACUGGAGGUUUCGUUAGAACUCCUUACAAGGUUGUGAUUCCAAUAAAGAAGAUCAAAACAGCUAUUGAAAGUGAGAAUGUGAACAAGCCAGCAGAGAAGUACAUAGAAAUAAUUACAGAAGACAAUUUUGAAUUCUGGUUUAUGGGUUUUGUACGGUACGAGAAAGCUCUCAUGAAUCUCCAAAAGGCCAUUUCUAUUCCCAGAUAAGUGUGGAGACCUGGAGUGAACUUCAUGUAGUUUAGUUUGUUUUAAGUUUGAGAAAAGGAAGCCCUGAACUUUGUUCAAUAUUUCUGGUAAAUUGAUAGUGUGAAAUGGUAGUUUAAUGACCCAAAUUUUGUGUCCAUACGUUGGCUCCAAUAUGAAAAACACUUACUAUCUUGUUAUUUUAUAUAAUAACUAGCAAU